UACACCGUCACCGACGAGGUCUACACUUGGAUAGCGUCAGCCUACAAAAUCUACAUGUGGGUGUUUGUUGCCGUUGGACUGCCUGUGAAUAUCCUGACCGUCGUCACCAUUUCAAAAUUUCAAUCCGGCGGCCCGGCAUCAUUUUUGCUGUGCUACCUGGCCAUCAUUGACAGUGUCGCUCUUGUGGUUAAACUCAUUGAAUUGAAUGUGUUUGCCCGUGGGUUGCAUCUUGGCCGGUUCGGCUGCAAAGUGGUUCACUUGCCCAGUGCAACGCUCACAGCAAUUGCGCAUUGGACUGUUGUGUUCAUCUGCGCGGAACGCUACGUUUCAGUCUGCAAGCCGUUGAGAAGAAGCGGUUGGAUCACCAACAAACGCUGCAAGGUAGCCGUGUCUUCGAUGUCCGCCGUUUCUUCAAUGUUUUACACGUCUUUG